CUCCCACCUCCUCCUUCCCCUCAGCGGCACCGCCUCCUCGGCGCUCCCCAGUGCUGGGGUGCCCGGGUGGGGCGGCGCUCCCGCUCCCUGCCGGGGGUCGGCGCGGCCGGAGCAGGCGGGGAACGCGGCUGGUGCCGUGCGGAGGGUUGUCAGCUGCUGGAUGCUGGGGGGUGUCACAUAGGAGCUAUUUGCCCACAAAUUGGAACAGCCCAGCCCUUAUCCUGCUAGUGUGCAAACGGCUUGGAAACCUUGUUCUGUCCUCGAAGCUGUAUUGUCCAUCACCAUAUGGGAUAAGGACUUCCUCUGAUGCAUUUUUCCAUCCCCCAAGUAUCUCUGAAACCAACAAGACUGGGGUUAUGAAGUCAAUUCUAGAUGGCCUCGCAGAUACAACUUUCCGAACAAUCACGACAGAUCUCCUUUACGUGGGCUCCAACGAUAUCCAGUACGAAGACAUGAAAGGCGACAUGGCAUCCAAGCUGGGGUACUACCCCCAGAAGUUCCCUCUUUCUUCCUUCAGGGGUGAUCCUUUCCAAGAAAAAAUGACUGGAGGAGAUGAUUCCCUGUUGAGCAUUAUUCCCUCAGAGCAGGUCAACAUCACAGAGUUUUACAACAAGUCCCUGUCCACUUUUAAGGAUAAUGAGGAGAAUAUACAGUGUGGGGAGAACUUUAUGGAUAUGGAGUGUUUUAUGAUCCUGAACCCCAGCCAGCAGCUGGCCAUCGCCGUGCUGUCGCUCACCCUGGGCACCUUCACAGUCCUAGAGAACCUUCUCGUCUUGUGCGUUAUCCUCCACUCCCGAAGCCUCCGGUGUAGACCCUCCUACCACUUCAUCGGCAGCCUAGCUGUGGCCGACCUCCUGGGCAGUGUGAUUUUUGUCUACAGUUUUGUGGAUUUCCAUGUUUUCCACCGGAAGGAUAGCCCCAACGUCUUCUUGUUCAAACUGGGUGGAGUUACAGCCUCCUUCACCGCCUCUGUAGGUAGCCUUUUCCUCACGGCAAUAGACCGGUACAUCUCUAUACACAGGCCGCUAGCUUAUAAAAGGAUUGUUACCCGACCAAAGGCUGUCGUAGCAUUUUGUGUGAUGUGGACCAUCGCUAUCGUAAUAGCCGUUCUUCCUCUGCUCGGCUGGAACUGCAAAAAGCUCAACUCUGUUUGUUCGGACAUAUUCCCUCUCAUCGAUGAGACAUACCUGAUGUUCUGGAUCGGGGUCACCAGCGUCCUCUUGUUGUUCAUUGUCUAUGCCUACAUGUACAUUCUGUGGAAGGCACACAGCCACGCUGUUCGCAUGUUGCAGCGAGGCACGCAGAAAAGCAUAAUCAUUCAGUCGACGGAGGAUGGUAAGGUACAGAUCACUAGGCCUGAUCAAACUCGUAUGGACAUCAGGUUAGCCAAAACCUUGGUCCUUAUCCUAGUGGUUUUAAUCAUAUGCUGGGGCCCUCUCCUCGCCAUCAUGGUGUACGAUGUCUUUGGGAAAAUGAACAAGCUCAUCAAGACUAUCUUUGCCUUCUGUAGCAUGCUCUGUUUGCUGAAUUCAACAGUGAAUCCCAUCAUCUACGCUCUGAGGAGCAAGGACUUGCGACACGCCUUCCGCAGCAUGUUCCCCACCUGCGAAGGGACCGCGCAGCCCCUGGAUAACAGCAUGGAGUCUGACUGCCAGCACAAACACGCCAACAACGCGGGGAACGUGCACAGGGCUGCCGAGAGCUGCAUUAAGAGCACAGUUAAGAUUGCCAAAGUUACCAUGUCUGUCUCCACAGACACAACUGCUGAAGCGUUGUAAGUCAGAGACUUCUCAGUGUUGUGAAAAAAGGAGUUUAAGUUUAAAAAAAAAAAAAAAUUAAAAAAUGAACAACAAAGAAAACCAAACCCAUGGCUUAACAUGUUUGUACCCUCCUGUAAUAUUUUUUGGUUUGUCAUUGUAAACUGAGCAAUGAUUGUGUUAAGAGCAUUACCAUCAGGCAGUUCUUCAGGUUUUACAAUUAGGGAUCCUAGCUAAAUUUUCACAAGUUUUUCUCAAAAGGUGAUUACUGAAUAAUAAUGUUUCCUGAAAGAGGACGGAGAAAAUACCAGAUUAGCAAUCAUUCCUUUGGGGGUGUGAAGAAGAAUUGUGAAACCUAAUUGAAAAAUAACGCGUCCUAAACCAAUACCAUCAAGUAAGAAAAAAAGCCUUGUGAUCAUGCUGUUCAUUUCAAUGUGAAAUGUAUUUCAUGUCUGUAAGUAAUAGGAGUUUCUGAAUUUUUCCAAAAGCAGCAGUGCUGAGUUUAGAGGUUUUGUAAAAUGUGUCGUGUCCCGUGAAUUGUGUGCUGUUUUAUUAUGUGUUAUUGAUAUUUGUCUGAUUAAACAAAGUGAUAAGGUAGAAUUCCGUGGAAAUAACGUGAAACGUGAUAUGUAAACCCCAUUGAAAACACUUACUGUAUUUGAAGAAUUCCUAUGAGAUAUUUUGGAAAUUUUACACUUUUAGUGGUCUUCUGUGGACUUAGAGGAGAGGCUUUGUGUUCUUCUACUAAAAUUAUUUCCCUACUACCUUUUACUUUCAUAUGCAUAUGAGACUAACAGCAACAGAGGAAUAGAGGAGGAAUGUGAGAAAGGAAUGCACUGGUUCAGACUUUUAAAUACCACUGCGUUUAUGCAGAAGGAUUAUUUUUGGUUGCACAGACUACUGCCCUACUCUUGGGCAUUGCCUGAAUAUGAGUACUGAAAAGCAAAUAUUUGGCUCCUUUAAUGGGCAUCUGGUUUUAAGCCAUGUGCUGGUGUUGGACCACUGAAGACAGCCUGUGUCAGACUCAAUGUGCGAUGUUAUCACUGUGCAGUCAAUGUAUACUUGAAGUGUGUCACAUUCCUGUAUCCCAGGUCUAAGCAGAUUCAGAGCCUGAGAUGCCAAACUCUUGUCUUUCAGAGGAGGAAAUAUUGUCAGACUUAGACAUUUUCUUACUGUGUGAGCGUGUAUAUAAAUAAAUAUCUGUGUGUGUACGUGUGUGUGCGCGUGUGUGUGUGUGUGUAAGUAUUCUAACCAGUGUGAGUCAUGGUAGCAUAGCUAAGAUAGGACACUGACCAAAUGUAACUGUAUUUCUUGUUGCACGCUUUGCACACGAAUUCUGUUUCUAAAAUUGAGUUCUUCCAAUUGAUUACUGGUGAAAGUACCAUAUUAAGAACAUCUUGAUCCACGCUGAAGUGUGUAUCCAUGUGCUAAAGGAAGCAACCUUUCAGUUGCACUUGAAAAUAAAGGGAAAUGAGAGGUAGAGAGCAUGGAAUGAGCCCGCAUUGACAAAUGAUGCAGCUGUCGAUGGUGUUCCUGAAGACUGAGAAAGCCAGGGGUAAAUUGUAGUUUGUUUUAAGGUUGUGAGUAUUCAAAUCUGAUAGCUUGCAUUGAGGUACGUCUCUCUGAAACCACUGACAAGGUUUGACACUACCAGGAAGAAGUUACUGAAGGAAAAUAGUGACUCUGUUCCAUGGUGGGACAGUUUUUGCAGCCUGGGACUGUCACAAGGAACAUGCUACGAGAAGUCUUUGCAGCAUGGAUAUUCUGUGAUUCUGUUCUGAGUCAUUAGGUCUGGGAUCCUCUACACUGCUGCCAUGAUUUUUCAGACUGUUUCCUCACCCUGCUGUCUGAUUUCUACCAAAAUAGCUGAAAACGCAGCUUAGUUCUUCAACUGCCUGGCACUCAGUGAAGCAGGGGUGACUUUCUCUGUGACACAGGGCAAGUGGAGCCAAAUCCAGACUGCCCUGCCACCCAUCCUUGUGCUUAAGUAGGGAGAGAGGGGGGCAACAGCUCCGGGACUCUGGCUCCCUUAGCACAGGCCAGAGCAGCUGGCUGAACAAACACCCAGCUCCUUACAGCCAGUGGCUCUGUGGGGGUGUACAUGGCUCCAAGUUUAGGCUUGGUGAGGGGUGGCAUGUUUUAAAGAUAAGAUUGGACCAGGUGAGGUGCUGAGCAACAGCUGAAAGAGACAGGGGUACUUUCCUCCUCCAUCCACCUCCCCUACAGCUUACCUGUGUGAUGGGACAGGGCACCACGCUCUCAAGGGGCCCACUGCAGUCAGCCAAAACCAGAUUGCAGAGGAUUCCCAGAGGAUGUCAAGUCCUCCUGAAACAUCUUUCUUAGGUUUAGGUCUAGUCCAUCCUAAAGCAGUCCUCUUGGAGGAGUGGGGGAAAGCCCAUUUUGAAAUGUUAAGGGCAUUUUAAGAGCCAUUUUUGAAACUGUCUUCUUGUGAAUUAAAUGCAAACUUUGUGGAAUUUUGUUGUGCAUUCAAGUUCUAAAUUUUACGAUAAAUCAUGGGACAAUGGGGCUGUCUUGGCACUUCACUUGGUGCUUACUGAUAUAAUAAGAAAUAGCAUCCUGUGAAAUGUUAUCGUCUAUCAUCAGUAUCUUCAUUUGCAUAAUGAGUUUUUCUAAAGCUCUGGGAACUGCAUCGGUUCACUUAGAACCAUUUAUUAAAGAGUUGGCAACAAUUUCCUUACAUGUUGCACAGUAAGUAGAACCAUUCGUCCAUUAGAGAAAUCUGCUGCCAUUCCAAGAUAAGCUGUACUUCAGCUUUAGGUAUUCCUAAUUUGCAGUUGGCUACCUUCACUUAGUGAUAGCACAGCCAAACGAUACUGUGUUCCACAGCCACCCACACAAUCAUCAUCAUCAUUGUCAUCAUCAUCAUCAUCAUCAUCCACCCACCACCUCUAGUUGCAGUUCCGUGUCUGUGUACCAACUCCAGGUGUCACGUAUCUACCGAGAGGAGCAUCUAUGUCACACGUGUGCAGAGUUAGAUUCUUGACAGUCUAAUUGUAUAUUUGUAUGAUACAAUCUCCUCAGUGCUGUGCAAUCACUAUUCACAUCUUGCACUGGCCUUUCGAUGAAAAUUUUAGUGUGUCUGUUGUGAGAUAGCGCGUUCUACCUGCUGGUUUUGGGCUGAAUGUAUGUAAAUAAGUGAUUAAAAAAAAAAAGUCAUCUGUACAAGCAGUGGCCUAAAAAGUCUGUAAUUGUGGACUAGGAACAUUGUUGAAGUUGCUGUGACAUCUCAAAUACUACCUUUGAAUAAACUGUUUACAGGGUCUCUUGGGAUGCUUUUUCACAGUGAAAGGAAAAUUUUUCCUUGUGAUAAUAUGAGGUAAAGAAAUCACAUUACCUGAGGUUUUUAUUUCCAGUGUUUCGAAGUGGAGAACAUAACUCUUUAUUGUCUGUAAAUCUAACAUUAUUACUUCCUCUUAGAAGAGUAUUGUAUCAUUAGAUGUUUGUUUGAGCUGGUAACAUUCUUGCAAAUGUUGCAAUAUUUUUCAUUAGCAACCUGUAUAAUAGUUUGUACACAAGUACUGUUCAGAUUGUCAUGAAAAGUAGCUUUGACCAUUUACUUACCAGUAGCAGAAUAGUAUUUCUGUAAGAUUUCCAGUGUAUUCCUACCAUAUCAUAUUUUAUUUCUAUAAUGUAAUUAAACUGUUAUUUAUUCAAGGAGAAAAAGUA